UCCAUAAACAAGAGAAGAAACUUUUUUAAAUCAAUUGAUCGUUCAUUCACCGCUGAUGUUUUUACGGUGUUAUUUUAUGAUAAUAAAUAAAUAUAAACGAUUAUUGCGAAAUAAAAGCGAUUGUGAUGCUCAGCAGUAUUUAAAACUAGUGCAAUAAAAUUAUCAGAAUCAAUGUUCUAUGCUAAAUUAUUGAUUGGCGUUAUAAAAGCUAUCUUUGUGCAAUCUACCUGCAUUGUAGAAAUAUUUUUGUGAAUAAUUAUCUUCGUAGAGGACAAGUAAGAUACGUUAAUGGACAAUGAAAAGUGUUUACGCAUUAAUGCGUAGUACGUAUGUUUACUUGUGAUUCAGCGAUUCUCCCACAAGGACUGGAGAUAUUUCGGUAAGUGUCGGUAGCUCUCAUGACGUAACGUAAGCGUACGAUGACGUCGUUCGCAAAUCUGACGCAGUCGUUAGCAUCAAGUCUGCCUUCGACGUCGACAGCCUCUGGUACGGGACCCAACGAGCAGGAAGACCCUCUUGCCAUGACGCACAUCAUCUGCAACCUUCUGGAGAACAUGAACAAGCCGGGGCCGGGCAUGCAGGGCGGCGGCGGGCCUGCCACCUCCGCCCCGUCGUCCAUGCCCUACGACAUCUGGGCGCUGCCGUCGUGCAGCUCCAUACAGAACCCGCUGGGGCCCAUCUGUCGUGAGUACAAUGUAACAUCCAAUAACAACCAUCAGCACCAAUCCAAAGAAGACAACUCGAGCGGCUCGCCCGGCACCUCGUCCUCGGUGUCCAUCACCUGCUUCCGCUGCGAGGAGCGCACGCCGACCACGCGCUGUCUCGAGUGUAACGACCUGUUUUGUCACGAAUGUUGUCACAAAGUUACAUCUGAUUGUCAACUCAGAGAACAUACUCUGCUGCCUAUACACCAAAUAUCUCCUAUAGGUGUUAGACCGAACUCGGUCAAUAACGAGAAGGAAAUCAUGUUUUGCGAGAUCCACGGCGAUCCUGUUAGAUUUUACUGUGAGGGAUGUAUCGUCUUCAUAUGUCAAGAAUGUACGCUUUGGGUGCACAAAGACCACAGUUACUCACCCAUUAAAGGCGCUCUUGAUAUGUGUCGCAUCGGCGUAUUUAGAGCGAUAGAAGAUACGAAGGCGGGCACAAAGGCGAUUAAAACGGCAAUAGAUCGUGCUGUAGCGAUGUCAAAGGCUUAUGAAAAAGAGUCUGCAGAGGCUAACAUGAAAAUAAGAAAGGCGAUGCGCUGCUAUGCACAGGCUAUCGAAGAUCGCGAAAAGUAUUUAUUGGAUAAAGUAGAAAAAAUGCGUCAAUCUAAAUUAAACGAAUUGACGGAUCAUAUGAAUACACUUAGAGGUAUAUUAGCUGGAUUAGCUCAUACGAAUGAGACCUUAGUUCGUAGCAUGGACUCUGAAGGGAUUGACUUAUUUAUGGCGAAGGAAAAGGGCAGAGCUCAAGUUGAUUACUUCUCUUGUAUGUUUAAGAAUAUGUAUAUGACAGAAGAACGAAUAGUGUUCAUACCUCCGAAUUAUGACUUAGUCGACCAGUUGAAAAGGCAGUGCGACGUACAGUCUGCGCCGUCGAGUGCAUUGCACUCGCUUAACUCAGCAUCCUCGAUGCAAGCUGCUCGCCAGUCUUUACUGUCGCUGCAGGCUCUGCAGUCUGGUCAGAAUUUCCCGCAUCUCAACUAUAACAUGUCAGGAUCUAGUAGUUUAAGAUCCCUAUCAGACUACUCUUCGUCACAUACACGCUCUACUAGUUACUAUGAUCAUAGCAUAUCGUCAAGCUUAGCCAUGGAUUCUAACCCGGCCCGUGGGAUCGGACAAGCGAUUCCCGGAUAUUGGAUGUCUGUGACAGUGAGGCCCACAAGAAGCCCUGUCCCUGGCGUACCAAUGUUCUCGUUCGCCCGCGAAGGCCAAGAUGAAGGGCAAGUCUCCAGACCCUGGGGACUCUGUGUAGAUAGAGAAGGAAAUAUUAUUGUUGCUGAUAGAAGAAACAAUCGUAUUCAAAUAUUUAACAGUAGAGGAGAAUUUAAAACUAUGUUCGGCUCUAAAGGCACGGGCCCCGGGGAGUUCGACCUCCCGGCCGGCAUCACCACGGACACGUACGGACGCAUCAUAGUGAUUGACAAAGACAAUCAUCGAGUGCAAAUAUUCACAUCUUCGGGUAACUUUAUCCUUAAGUUUGGCUCGUUUGGUAAAGAGUGCGGACAAUUCCAGUACCCGUGGGAUGUUGCUGUAAAUACUUUAGGUAAUAUAGUAGUAACUGAUACACGUAAUCAUCGUAUUCAGUUAUUCACCAGUGACGGGACCUACAUUACAAAGUUCGUGUUCGAAGGUGCUAACCCAGCUAAGAUGCUGAAGGGACCGACGACGCCGCGCGGUGUGUGCUUCACGACUUCAGGCAACAUCAUAGUGUCAGACUUUGAGAACCAUCGCCUGUUGAUGGUGGACCCGACGUUGUCUAAGGUUUUGCAUUGUGUCGGUCGUGAAGGUUCUGGUAUCGGUGAACUCAAUCGCCCCUCAGGGAUAGUGACUGACGACGACGGACGAAUUAUAGUGGCCGAUUCCAAAAACCACCGUGUGUUAGUGUUUACUUCUGAACUGCGUAUUCUGUGGGCUGUGGACCUGAAGAGCCCCGGGCUCGACGACAAGGACCGGCCCAGCGACGUGGCCCUCACGCCCGAGGGCUACCUAGUUGUGUUGUUCGAGACGCUCCCGGACACCGCGCGCGACAUUACCUCCCACGGCAAGCAAUACAUCAAAGUAUAUUAAACUAAUUAUUGUAAAGUUAAGGCCAAUUAAGUUCGUGGACCUAAGGUCCGCUGUAUUUUAUUUUGUUUCGUUUAAUUUGUGAUUUAUUUGACAAUGUGCCAAUUUUAUUAUUAACAUUUGGAAAAAUUACGUACGAGCCUAGCUUGAGUGGAGAAUGUUUUUUUGCCCAUUGACUAUACGUCGGUGGUCGGAACAUAUUCUCCUGAAGUCCUGAUAAUUUUUCGUUACCAGUACUUUGAUUUUGUUUCCGCAUUUGACUAGUCUAUAAGGACCAAACAAUGUUUGCAGUGUAAUUUACUAUGUAAUUUAGAUGCCGCAAUUAUAAAUAGCUGUCAUAUUAACUGUAUAUCCGUAGAUAAACACCAAACUCAUAUAGUCGGUGCACUAAAUAUUUAAUGUCGAUUACUUAUAAUGUACUCCGGUCCGUUCCCCUGCGAUGUAUCGCUAAUAUAAUCGAAUAGAACAAUCGUACAGAUAGACUUAUAGUGGAUCACAAUGUGAUGUAAAAGAUGUUUUUAUGUGAGAUAAAUUAAAGGAUAACUUGAAAAGUAUUUUUCCACAAUGUUACAUUUUUGCGUUUUUUAACUUGGUUAAUUGAUUAAUGCAGACGUUGAUAUGUAUUUUUAUAAUAAGUUAUUUUGCAUAAUGAUUUAGGUGCAUAUAUUUUUAUUGUAGUUAGGAGCGCGGCGGUGGUCUUAGCCGCGCUCGGCUAGACUUUGUUCGUAUUCAUAUGCUUUGGACCAAACAAACGUAGAGAACCUUCCAGAACGGUCGGAGCAUGCGCUGCGCACACGGGACUAGUACCGAGAGCGUGUGUCGUGUCGGAGGCGCAGCGGGCGCGGCUCCACGUUCGUUUGGUCCCGAUGCGGAGUUGACUUCUUAUCGCUCUUAGCUUCUUCUUUUUUCGCGGCUUGAUACGAUGGGAUGUGAAUGUGUAUGGAUGAGCAAAGAAAUCAAUGCAAUAAAACUUUAAGACUGACUUCAGAAGACUGUCUUAAAGAUGCCGAGUAGCGCCGGUGGAGGGCGGCGUCGGCAUGCGGUGUCGCGCGAGUUAACCAAAAUUCUAAGUAUUAUUGAACACGGCGAAUAACAUACGAACGUAUCUCGUUUGGAAUCUUAGCCGAUGAUCUUAUCGUCGUAUUCGCUUAUGAGACGUGAUAUUUUUAUUUUCAUACGUAAUAUGUGAAAGAUUUUUUUUUUAUAUUUCGUAAUUUACUUUUGUCGCAAACUUUUGACUGCCGGCUUGUUCGGGUUUAGUGAACGUAACGUUAGUAAUGAAUUAGAACGGUAUGUGUAUGGCGUGGCGUCGUUUUUUAACAUUUUAUUUAGUAUAUUAUAUGAUAGGCCAGUCGGAGGUAUUAGUCAGCGCGUAACAACCCGCGGUCACUACAAGCGGGCAGCGAGUGCGUGCGCCGGGACGCCCCCGCGCACUCCUGCCCUCCUAGCUAAUUUAUAGAUAAUCCUAUGCUAAAUUAAUAAUAAUUUCAAUUAGUUAUUAUUCGCGUGGUCGUAUACAAAUAAAAAAAAUCAUAUUAGUUCAAAUAUUAUAGUGAAAUUCUUUUGAAUAAAAAAUCUAUUAAAUUUAUAUGAUAUUUUUCAAAAUGUAUGUUAUAGAGUUUGAUAUAAAUCCUAUGUGUUCAGUCCUUUGUGUUCACUUAAUCUAAUUAUCUCUUAGAUAAACGUUAAAUAUAAGUUAGGUUGCAUGCGAGAAGGUUAAGUGAGCACUCCUGUGUCGUGUUAGAUGUGUGCGCACUCAUUCUCCCGUCAUGGUUUUCAAUAAUUUGACAAACGCACUAGCAUGAAUUUAUUAUAAUAUUUAUUAUAUAUUUUAUUUUUCUAACGCCAAGUCACAAAAACGAUGCGUCAUCUAAGUUAUCCUACAAUUUAUCGUUUGCAAUCAAUUGCAGUUUUUGAUGAAAUGUAGUUAGAGAAUUGUUCGAUGAUGACAGAUUGUAUGAAAACCAUGUAUGUUUACGGGAUUAUUGUAAUGUAUGAUAUCUUGUGUCAUAAUCGGGAGCUGAAUGGGGGGAAAGCGAUUGUUCUAUAUAAUAUGUUACCUCACGACUGUGGCUUGAUACAAGCUGGAGCUUAAUUAUGUGCAAUGCGUCGCGCCUCGCCCGAGGCAGGCCUUUCAGUCGUGCUACUGCGAGCAGGCCUCGAAAGCAACGAGGAUUCGCACCAAACAAAGCCCUAGGUUUCUUUUUACUCGAUCUCCAUUUUUAAACAAUAUCUUUUCCUCCAUAAAGCACUAGUUGCGUAUUGUAUAACAAUGUUACAGCUUAUUAGAACUUCAAAUUAAAUAUAAGUAAAUAAAAUUUAUAGUGAAUUGGAAUAUAGUAAGCUAACUUGUAUAAACUUGAUAGUUUCCUCGGACGGACUGUUCAUGUGGAUGUUACUGUAUCUAGUUUUAUCUUUCUGCGUUGCAGUCCUUAUACCCUCGAUUGGGGCUGACGUGAGGGCGAAGGCCUCCACAAGCGCUCAUUGUGAGGUUACCUUACUUCGUCCUUGAGUCAGGGCUUCCAAGUUCGUCGCACGAUAGUUUCCCAUAGCUUUAAAUAUGAUUACAAAGUCGUCAUCUAUCCUUAGUCCAAGUAACUCCGCAGAGUGCAGUUUGUCCGCUAGAUCUUGUAACCCUUCGAGGUAGUAGCUCAUGUACAUUGCGUAAUCAACGCCGUUUCAAUAACCUACAGCAUAAUAUAAUAUAACACUAAGUUAGGCUACGGUUAGAUAUAAAUUUUCACGUUUGUACUUAGGUUAUGCUAGGGUAAGUCGUCUAAGUUCUUGUAGGUACGCCUAACUCGAUACUUCAAACAAAAAUUUUCUAGUAACGGAGUGCAGUAGACGUAAUUAAGGUACUGAUAAUUAUAGAUAACGUUGACUGGAAUAUGAGUCUGAAAUUAAAUACUUAAGAUGGAAAAUUAUUGUUUGAAGGAAUUACGUAGCACACAACUUGAUAAGUUUAGCGUCGAGUGCGAUUUAUUUAGCCGUCGUGUUAGUACGCUGACGUUGGUGCGGUUUUCGAAUCGGUUCACUUCUCUCCCCUACAGUCUUACUUACCCCUAUUGUGAUAGCGACAUUGCGAAUUAAACUCGUUAUACUUAGUGUCGUCACUGCCUCGAACAAAAUAAUUAUCAACAAUGUGCCAGUUUCGCAAGAAACCGAAAAAAUUCCAGCGCGGAAAGUUCUGGGAAAUUUGUAGCGUGACCUUUCCUUUUAAUAUUAUAAUCACGUUUACUCCACUUGAAAGCAAAUUUGUACUUAUUCAUCACCUUGUAAAUUCGUAGCAGGGCUUCUAAAGUUAAACACAUUACAUAAUACGUAUAUUACGUGUACAUAGUAUGAAUUAUUUUUUUAUUACGAUACCUAAGUAAAUAUAGUGUGUGAAUUGUUAACCUUAAUGUAUUUAAUAUUUAACGUAUUUAAUAAAAUGGAAAUAAAUGAAAUAGUAAAACGAAAACCGCGCCGUGAUGCGUUAAGUUAGGAUUAAUAUGUGCAGUGUCUUGCGUCUUAACGUUGUUGACGGAAUCCGCAUAU